AUGGCUGGAAAGAAUACCCGUAUGCAACAUUGGUUGCAAUAUAACGUCAGAGUCACCCUAAAGGAUAACCGAAAAUUCGUCGGAACACUGGUCGCCUUCGAUAGACACAUGAACUUGGUUUUAUCAGAUUGUGAGGAGUUUCGAAUGACUUUAGGGAAGGACAAAAACAGAACCGAGAUAAAGCGCACCCUUGGCUUCGUGCUACUGAGGGGAGAGAACAUAGUUUCAUUUACAGCAAAGUCGCCUGCGAAUCCCUUACACAUGGGAUACGGCGUGGGACCCGGAAAGGCAGCACCAGCAGGAAGGGGAGCACCGCUGAUGGUCGGCGUGGGCCCUGGGAUGCCUCCAAUAGCUCCGAACGCAUCCGCACUUCAGGCACCAAUGCGUGGCCUAAUUGGAAGCGCUCCGGCACAGCUGCAGCCGACGGGUGUGCAGGGAACAAUGCCGCCCAUGUCCAACUAA